AUGACUGAGCCGGACAAGAAAGAAGUCGAGAAGCAGACAGAGGGUCCAACAGAACAAUAUGCGUCCGUGUCGGCGUCUGCGUCCGCAUCUGCAUCCGCUCCGCAGGACCCGGAGUCCGGUGUGGACCAAACGGUGAUAGGCCCCGCAUGGAUGUACAAGCCACUAUUCAAGAUUGGCAAAUGGGAGGCUCCUUACUUUGCCUCACCAGAGAUGCAACUAUAUUUCGUGUCAAUUGUCUGCUUUUUAUGUCCCGGCAUGUUCAACGCCGUCAGCGGCCUCGGUGGCGGCGGUCAGAUUAACGCCCACGAUGUGAAUAACGCCAAUACUGCACUGUACAGUACUUUUGCAGUAGUCGGUUUCUUUGCCGGAUCCAUUGCCAAUCGAAUUGGUCUGCGCCUUACCCUUUCCCUGGGUGGAUUCGGCUACUUCCUUUAUGUUGCCUCGCUCCUCUCGUACAAUAUCAACCAAAACGCGGCCUUCCUCAUUUUUGCCGGAGCCCUGCUGGGUGUCUGUGCUGGUCUGCUAUGGUGUGCUCAGGGUGCGGUUAUGUUGAGUUAUCCACAUGAGAAUGAGAAGGGAAAGUACAUUGCUAUCUUCUGGGUGAUUUUCAACUUGGGUGGUGUCAUUGGUAGCUUGGUCCCUCUUGGUCAAAACAUGCAUUCGACAGCCGGCAGCGUCAACAAUGGAACAUACAUUGCCUUCCUUAUUCUAAUGGCCAUUGGUUUCGCUCUCUGCUGGUGUCUCGUUGAUUGCAAGCAUGUCAUGCGCAAGGACGGCUCACGCGUCAUUGUGAUCAAGAACCCAACCUGGAAGUCCGAAUUUUUGGGUCUUUGGGAGACCCUGAUCCACGAUUCGUACAUUGUCAUGAUGUUCCCCAUGUUUUUGGCCAGCAACUGGUUCUACGCAUACCACUUCAACGCAGUCAACCUCGCCUAUUUCAAUGUUCGCACUCGGGCCCUAAACAGUCUUCUGUACUGGCUGAUGCAGAUGGUGGGUGCGUUUAUCUUCGGCCAGUUGUUGGAUUUGAAGGGCCUUUCGCGUACGUGGCGCGCCAAGCUCAACUUCGGCAUUCUACUCGCUAUCACUAUGGGCAUCUGGGGUGGAGGAUAUGCAUUCCAGAAGCGCUAUACCCGGGACACCAAGGGUCUCGGCAUUGAUUUCACCGACAGCGGCUACAUUGGACCCAUGUUCCUGUACAUGUUCUACGGAUUCUAUGAUGCUGCUUUCCAGACCUGUACAUAUUGGUACAUGGGCUCUCUUUCUAAUAACAGCCGCAAGUUGGCCAACUUUGCUGGUUUCUACAAAGGCAUUCAGUCUGCUGGCGCCGCUGGAAUGUGGAGCCUGGAUUCAAACGAUACCCCCUACAUGACCGAAUUCGCCUCCUGCUGGGGUAUGCUGGUCGGUAGUAUGCUUGUUGCCUCACCUGUGAUUUUCUUCAAGAUCAAAAACAGCACUGACGUGGAGGACGACCUGCGAUUCUCCGACGAAACUGCCGCCGAAGUUCUAGGCCAUACUAAUGAAAUGUCUGAGAUGGAUAAGCCUCAUGCUGAAACUCACACUCCUACCGAGACUCUCCGCGACUCUCAUGAAGAGACUACCACCAAAUAA